AUGGCUCCCCUGACUGUCAAGCUCGAAACCCCGGUCACCGGGCCAUACGACCAACCCAUUGGCCUGUUCAUCGAUGGCGAAUGGGUCGAGAGUGUCGACAAGAAGAAGUUCGAAGUCAUUAACCCCUCGAACGAACAAGUCAUCACUUCCGUCUACGAAGGAACCGAAAAGGAUGUCGAUCUCGCCGUAGCAGCUGCUCGAAAGGCAUUCGAAACAACAUGGAAGGACACGACGCCCGGUGAGAGGGCUCACCUUUUGUACAAGCUGGCCGACCUAGCCGAGAAGAACAAGGAGCUGCUCGCCGCUGUUGAAUCGCUUGAUAAUGGCAAGUCGAUCAACAACGCCCGCGGUGACGUGGACGCUGUUAUCGGUUGUCUGAGAUACUACGGCGGUUGGGCUGACAAGAUCGAGGGUAAAACCAUUGACAUUGCCCCUGAUAUGUUUCACUAUACACGAUCCGAGCCUAUUGGCGUUUGUGGACAGAUUAUCCCUUGGAACUUUCCUCUUCUUAUGCUGUCCUGGAAGAUUGGUCCUGCCCUGGCAACUGGCAAUACCAUCGUGAUGAAGACUGCCGAGCAAACUCCCUUGUCUGGACUAGUCUUUACGGAAUUCAUCAAGGAAGCCGGGUUCCCCCCAGGUGUUUUCAACCUGGUGAACGGUCUCGGUAGAGUUGCCGGCGCAGCCAUUUCGUCUCACAUGGAUAUCGACAAGGUCGCCUUCACCGGAUCAACCCUGGUUGGUCGCCAGAUCAUGAAGGCGGCCGCCGACUCCAACCUGAAGAAGGUGACUCUUGAGCUGGGCGGCAAGUCGCCCAACAUCGUCUUCAACGAUGCCAACAUCGAAGAUGCCGUCGAAUGGGUCAACUUUGGAAUCUAUUUCAACCACGGCCAAAUCUGCUGCGCCGGCAGCCGAAUUCUGGUGCAAGAAGGUAUUUACGACAAGUUUAUCGAGGCGUUCAAGAAGCGGGCAGAGGAGAACAAGGUCGGAGACCCAUUCCAUGAGGAAACUUUCCAGGGCCCUCUCGUCAGCGGUCUGCAAUAUGAGCGUGUCAUGAGCUAUAUCGAUACUGGCAAGGCAGAAGGCGCCACGGUUCUCACAGGGGGUGGCCGUCACGGAGAUAAGGGCUACUUUAUUGAGCCAACAAUCUUCACCGACGUUCGACCCGACAUGAAGAUCAUGAGAGAAGAAAUUUUUGGCCCCGUUUGCGCUAUUGCAAAGUUCAAGGACGAGGAGGAGGCUCUGAAGCUCGCCCACGAUACCCAAUAUGGCCUCGCCGCCGCCGUUCACACCCAGAGCCUGAGCACCGCCAUCCGGUUCUCCAACUCUCUGGACGCUGGCACCAUCUGGGUCAACUGUUACAAUCUCCUUCAUCAUGCAGUCCCAUUCGGUGGUUACCAUGAAUCUGGAAUCGGCCGGGAACUUGGAGAGGCUGCGCUCGCCAACUACACACAGAGCAAGUCUGUUGCUAUUCGGCUGUCAUGA